UAAGGUGUGUGAUACCCAUUAAUUAGAAAAUGAGAGUCUAAUUUAUUUUCACGUUUUUGAAUAAAAUCCCUAAAUCUGUCUCCGCUCUCUUUUCUGCACUUCCCUACUCACAUCAAACCCACUGAAUAUCUCUUCAACAGCGCAACUUAGCAAAACCCUAGAACCCUAGAAAUGAAGGGUAAAGGGGACGAACGAAGGAGUGAACAAGAGUCGUCAGAGGAAGAGGGGCAGUUUGUCAGAUAUCGUGAAGAGAAAGAAGACGACAAAAAACGUGGCCGACGCGAUGAGAAUUUCAAUCGAGACCGCCGUGGAAGCGACGAGGAAGAUCCGCAUCGCCGCAGAGAGAAAGAUCGUGGUGAAGAUUUAGAUUUAGAGUACGAAGAUGAUAGAAAAAGGAUCAAGGAUAAGGAUAUGGUUAAGAGACAUAGAGAGGGUGGGAGUGAGAAAGAGAAGGAUAGCCGGCGUCGGAACAAGGAGGAUUCAGAUGAAAAUCGUGAUGCCAUGAGAAUUAGUGACAGGGAAAGGAGGCAUAGAGGUGAUAGGGAUAAUGAUAAUGAAAAGGAGAGGGAGAGGGAGAGGGGUCAGCGGAGUCGGUAUGAGGACGAUUCUGAUGAGGAGCGUAAUAGGAAGCGGAAUUGGGAUAGGGAUAGGAGGCAUAGGGUUGAUAGGUAUGGUAGGGUUGAUAGGUAUGGUAGGGUUGAUAGGUAUGGUAGGGUUGAUAGGUAUGGUGAUAAUGAGAAGGAGACGGAUCGGCGCAGUGAUGAUGAUAGAAAGAGUAACUGUGAGAGGAGCCAACGAGUUGAAAAGAAUGGUGGCAAUGAGAGAGAAGAGGGUAGGAAGAAAGAGGAAAAACAUGCGGUGAUACCGGAAAUCAAUGGUGAUGCAUCUAAAUUGGGGAAAAGUGGUGGAGUUUACAUUCCUCCCUUUAAGUUAGCUAGGAUGAUGAAAGAAGUUGAUGAUAAAAGUAGUCCUGAGUAUCAACGGCUGACUUGGGAUGCUCUAAGAAAGAGUAUAAAUGGACUGGUGAACAAGGUCAAUGCUGCCAACAUUAAGAACAUAAUUCCGGAAUUGUUUGCUGAGAACUUGAUUCGCGGAAGAGGGCUCUUCUGUAGAUCCUGUAUGAAGUCUCAGAUGGCGUCUCCCGGGUUUACCGAUGUGUUUUCCGCAUUGGUUGCUGUUGUCAACACGAAAUUUCCUGAAGUUGGGGAUCUUUUGCUUAGAAGGAUUGUUUUGCAGCUAAAAAGAGCGUAUAAGCGGAAUGACAAGCCUCAAUUACUUGCUGCUGUUAAGUUUGUAGCACAUCUGGUGAAUCAGCAGGUGGCUCAUGAGAUCAUUGCGCUAGAGCUACUAACGGUUUUGCUCGAAAAGCCAACCGAUGACAGUGUUGAAGUAGCUGUUGGUUUUGUCACAGAAUGUGGUUCAAUACUGCAGGAUCUCUCACCUAGAGGACUUCAUGGCAUCUUUGAGCGUUUCCGGGGAAUUCUUCAUGAAGGAGAAAUUGACAAACGUGUUCAAUUUUUGAUUGAAGGCCUGUUUGCAAUAAGAAGGGCAAAGUUUCAGGGUUAUCCAGCUGUUAGGCCUGAAUUAGACCUCGUGGAGCAGGAAGAUCAGUUAACUCAUGAGGUCUCCUUGGAUGAGGAAAUAGAUCCUGAGACUAAUCUCGAUAUAUUCAAACCUGACCCCAAUUAUAUGGAGAAUGAAAAACGUUAUGAAGAGUUGAAGAAAUCCCUGCUGGGUGAGGAGGAGGAAUCAGAGGGAGAUGAUGAAGGCUCUGAUGCUGAAUCAGAUGAUGAUGAUGAUGAAUCUGAUGAAGAGACCGAGGAAAGUAUGCAGAUUAAAGAUGAAACAGAAACCAAUCUUGUUAAUCUGAGGAGGACUAUCUAUCUAACAAUCAUGUCUAGUGUAGAUUUCGAGGAAGCUGGUCAUAAGCUUCUCAAAAUUCAUCUCGAGCCAGGUCAAGAGAUGGAAUUGUGCAUUAUGCUUUUGGAAUGUUGCAGCCAAGAAAGAACUUACCUCCGAUAUUACGGUCUUCUGGGCCAGCGAUUCUGCAUGAUUAACAAAGUGCAUCAAGAAAAUUUUGAGACAUGCUUUGUGAAGCAAUAUUCCAUGAUCCAUCGACUUGAAACAAACAAACUGCGAAAUGUGGCAAAAUUUUUUGCUCAUUUGCUUGGGACAUUUGCUCUGCCUUGGCACGUCUUAUCAUACAUUCGCUUGACUGAAGAGGACACAACUUCUUCUUCGCGUAUAUUUAUUAAGAUUCUCUUCCAGGAAUUGUCAGAGCAUCUUGGCAUUCGGUUGUUAAAUGAGCGGUUAAAUGAUCCAACAAUGCAGGAUUCUUUUGAAUCAAUAUUUCCCAAAGAUAACCCUAAAAACACACGAUUCUGCAUUAACUUCUUCACAUCCAUUGGACUUGGUGGUCUUACUGAGAAUCUACGCGAGUAUUUGAAAAACAUGCCACGUCUGAUCAUGCAACAACAGAAGCAAGUUCCUGAUUCUGACUCAGAUAAUGAAUCUGCAAGCUCCGGUUCAUCAGAUUCGGGAACCAGUUCUGAGUCAGAGUCUGACUCAGCAAGUUCUGAUGAAAGUGAUAGAAAAAGAAGUAAACGUAGAAGAAAAUAAAGCAUUGUAUGCUAUUGUCAAAACCCCUUCCUGCAUCAGCAAACCCGCUGUUAGAGAAUCCAUGGUGGUUCCACACAAUCUUCAUGUCAGUGGAUGAACUUGACUUUUAAAUUGUUUUCUGGAAGGGAGAAAUGGGCUCUGCUGGUUUAAAGGGAUGUAAAAUUUGUUUACUGGAAAGUUUUUCUGCUUGGAGAUGAUUACCUGUCUAAUGUGGAUUUAUUACUUUGUUCCUAAGAUCAUACUUUUUAGUUUAAAUCUCUGGCUUUGAAUUUUUGUAUCAAAACCUUCAGAUCUGAAGCUUAAAGCUGUGGAAACUGUAGGCAGAAUGGUAAUUAAGAUGCUCCAUGGUGGUUUUUUAUUUUUUAAAUGUUUGAAUUGAAUUUGAUAGUUAUUUAUUA